UUGUUAUCAUGGUGGUCUACCUCAGUUCCCCACUAAACCAGAAACCCAAAAAUUAUUUUGGAUCACACAUUUCACACUAGUCUAGCUCAAACCAGUACAAGAAAUGAUAAUUUCCUCAUUCACUGCCAUGGCGAAACCAAGAUUCCCUCACAUCUUAUCCUUACUGCUUCUCAUUCUUCUCUUCACAUUGUCAUCUCUGCCAGGCACACUCGCAGCCCGCAGACUCUCACUCAAAGAAGCCACCAUAGACGAUCUCCAGCUCGCUUUCAAGCACAACCAACUCACCUCGAGGCAACUUGUCCAAUAUUACCUUGUCCAAAUCCGAAAACUGAAUCCGGUUCUCAAAGGAGUCCUAGAAGUUAAUCCAGAUGCGCUUCACCUUGUGGACAAGGCUGACUACGAGCGCAGGACUAAGGCACCAGUGUCACUACUCUCUAAGUUGCAUGGCAUUCCUAUUCUGGUCAAGGACAACAUUGCACCUAAGGAUAAGAUGAACACCACCGCCGGCUCUUUUGCACUGCUUGGAUCUGUCGUGCCUCGUGAUGCUGGCGUGGUGGAGAAGUUGAGGAAAGCAGGGGCAAUCAUUUUGGGAAAGGCAAGCUUGAGCGAGUGGUCAUAUUUUAGGUGUAGUAAAGCACCCAAUGGUUGGAGCGCCAGAGGCGGUCAUGGCUUGAACCCUUACACAUUCUCAGACCCUUGUGGCUCAAGCAGCGGUUCAGCAAUAUCAGUGGCAGCAAAUAUGGCAGCGGUUUCAUUAGGUACUGAGACAGAUGGUUCAAUCUUAUGUCCAUCAGAUUUCAACUCGGUUGUGGGCAUCAAACCAACAAUCGGUCUUACUAGUCGAGCAGGGGUUGUCCCAAUUUCUCCAAGACAGGAUACUGUUGGGCCAAUUUGUAGGACAGUAGCAGAUGCUGCUUAUGUUCUUGAUGCCAUAGCAGGCAUCGACCACAAUGACAUUGCAACGAUUGAGACAUCAAAGUACAUUCCCAAAGGUGGUUAUGCACAGUUUCUCAGGCGCGACGGACUUGGAGGAAAAAGAAUUGGGAUAUUGAGAGCCUUCUAUGACUUUGGCAAUGACACUUCCUUGGCUCAAACUUUUGAGAAACAUCUCAACACUCUGAGGAAAGGAGGUGCUGUUUUGGUAGACAAUUUGGAAAUUGCUAAUUUGACUGACAUCUAUUCCUCAAACGAUGAAUAUAAUGCAUUGUAUAUUGAGUUCAAAAUAUCCUUAAAUGCAUACUUGAAGGAGUUGGUGGCUUCCCCAGUGCGAUCCUUGGCAGAUGCUAUAGCCUUUAACAACAAACAUCAGAAACUGGAAAAGAUCAAGGAGUAUGGGCAAGACCUAUUUUUAGCAACUGAAGCAACAAAUGGGUUUGGAAAAACAGAGAAGUCAGCAUUGUUGAAUCUUGCAAGGUGGACAAGAUAUGGUCUUGUGAAAUUAAUGACACGAGAAUGACACGCAUAAAUAAAGAAAUAGUCUAGAUUUCACAAGAGAGACAGGUAUGCAUGAGGCCAAGUCUAUCAAACUUGUAAAGAGUGUCAUUCUCGUGCAAGAGCCAUGCUAAUCUUCUCUAUAUCAUUCCAAACAUCCCCAAAGAGAUAGUACGUUUUGCAUGAGGCCAAGCAUAUUAAACUUGUAAAGAGUGUUUUUGGUAAAUUUUAAGAAUAUAUGGGUUCGGUGAAAAUGUACUAAAUUCAAGGGUGGCUUGUAUAAAUUAUAUGAUUACUCUAGUGAGCAAAUGAAUAAGAGCGAGAGUGUGAGAUCGUCAAAGCAAGCGAAGACAGUGGCGGAUCUAGGAUCCGAAAAUAGGGUGGGCUACAUUUUUAAAUCUCUUUCUUUAGGCGAAGGCC